UUCUAGCAGGUUGUUGAAAAUAUGGCCAAGCAUCAUCCAGAUUUGAUCAUGUGUCGUAAGCAGCCAGGAAUAGCCAUUGGACGAUUGUGCGAGAAGUGUGACGGAAAAUGUGUGAUAUGCGACUCUUAUGUGCGUCCAUGCACACUCGUCAGAGUUUGUGACGAGUGCAACUAUGGAUCGUUUCAGGGUCGAUGUGUUAUAUGCGGAGGAGUAGGGAUAUCGGAUGCGUACUACUGCAAGGAAUGCACACAGCAGGAGAAAGAUAGAGAUGGUUGCCCUAAAAUUGUAAACUUAGGGAGUGCCAAGACUGAUUUAUUCUAUGAACGCAAAAAGUAUGGUUUUAAGAAAAGAUGACGAGGAUGGAUUCAAAUGAACUUAAAAAGUAUGGUCUCAAGAAAAGAUGAUGAGGAUGGAUUCAACAUUUUGUAAUUUUUCUAACAAACAUUCUGCUCAAUAUGUAUGCUUUGUUUGGUUAUCACCUAUCAGUACAAUGAGACUUUAAUUUUUUUUAUCUGAAACAAUUGUUGCCAAUUUAAGUGCAGAACUAGUUAACGUAUU